GUAUUGCACGAUUUUUGCUCCAUUCACUGGAAAAGAUAACCAUUCCAGAGCAGUUACAUUUGGAGCUGGAUUGUUAUCAAGUGAAGCUAGAGACUCAUAUUCUUGGUUGUUUGGUUGUUUUGUUCGAUGUAUGGGGGUAGCACCCAAAUUGAUUAUCACUGAUCAAGAUUGGGGGAUGAAACUUGCUGUUCAACAAGUACUUUUACAAACAAGGCACCGAUGGUGCAUGUGGCAUAUUAUGGUUAAGGUGUCAGAUAAGUUGCCCAAAUCCUUGCUUGGUAAUGAAGAUUUAAAAAAAGAGUUGAAUGCAUGUGUUUGGUCUGAUUUGUUAGAGUCUGACGAGUUUGAUAUAAUAUGGAAUGAUAUAAUGGAAUGGUAUGGAUUAGAAGACGUGCACUGGUUUGGAUCAAUGUUUGAAGAUAGAGAAUUCUGGGUUCCUGCUUAUUUUCGAGAUUUUCCCAUGGGGUCGCUUCUUAGGACUACAUCGAUGACUGAAUCAGAGAAUAGCUCUUUUAAAAACUACAAAAAGCCUCGUGCAAAUCUUGUACAGUUCAUCAAUUUCUUUAACUGUGCUGUGGGAGAUCAAAGGAAUGCCAAUUCACGAUUGAACUACUUGGAUUACUCAACUAUUCCUGAUUUGUCAACCCAAUUUCCUAUUGAGAAGCUUGCAUCUACAAUAUACACUGAUUCUAUUUUCAAGCAUGUACAACAGGAAAUAAGUAUGGAAUGUGAGAUUGUUUCUAUAACUGUUGAGGAUAACAUCAAGAUGCAUAAGACUGUAGUUGUAAGAAGUUUUCCAGAAUUGAAAAAGAUGGUUGAGGAAUUUUAUGGAAUGGCAGUACCUGAUGUAAUUGAUGUACAUCCUCCAGACGUUGUUAGAACCAAAGGAUCAGCUAGUGACAGGGUAUCAAAGAGGGAGAGUGCAAUAAGGAAAGCAAAUAAGCCUCUACGACGGUGUGGUAAAUGUCAUGAGAUGGGUCGUCAUGAUUCAAGAAAUUGUGGUAGAUUCAAUGAGAAGGCAGAUUGA